AUGACGUACAACGCGGAGGGCACUGUAAGUGUGGAAUCAGAAAUGUGUAAUGUGGAUUUGGAUACCUCACGUACGCCUUCGCCGACGACAGAGGCAGAGAAUAAACUUGACUACUCGGCGGAGCUUAACGUCCAGGUUCUACAACUCACCGAUCAGAUCAGAAGAUUGCAGACAAUCAUCAGAGAUAUUCAAAGCACCAGAUCUGACUUUGUAUUCUCCGCUGAUCGGCUAAUUCGUCUUGUUGUCGAAGAAGGGCUCAAUCAACUUCCUUACAAGGAAACGACGGUUGUGACGCCAAAUGGAGUCGAAUACAAAGGACUGGCUUUUCAAAAGGGCUCUUGUGGAGUGUCAAUUAUCCGAUCCGGCGAAGCGAUGGAGCAAGGCUUGCGCGACUGCUGCAGAUCCAUAAGAAUUGGCAAGAUUCUCAUACAGACAGAUGAAGAUACUCGCAAGGCGCAAGUGUAUUAUGCCAAAGUUCCGCCAGAUGUUGAAAAGCGCACCGUUUUGUUGAUGUAUCCUAUUCUAACUCAUGGAUUAACAGUCAUUGAAGCUGUCAAAGGGAAAGGUCCUCCAUCCUAA